CAUAAUGAACUGAACAUGGCCCACAGCGCGAGCGCCGCCGCCGCCGCCGGCAGUAACGCCAAGAGCGGCGGCUCCGAGGCGGCUCUCAAGGAGAGUGCAAGCGCCGCCGCGCUGUCCUCCUCCUCCUCGGCGGCGGCGGCGUCCUCCUCUUCCUCCGCCUCGGUCCCGGGCUCAGCCAUGGAGACGGGGCUGCUCCCCAACCACAAACUGAAAGCCGUUGGCGAGGCCCCCGCUGCACCGCCCCACCAGCAGCACCACCACCAUCACCAUGCCCACCACCACCACCACCACCAUGCCCACCACCUCCACCACCACCACGCACUCCAGCAGCAGCUAAACCAGUUCCAGCAGCAGCAGCAGCAGCAGCAGCAGCAGCAACAUCCCAUUUCCAACAACAACAGCCUCGGCGGCGGCGGCGGCGGCGGCCACCACGGCGCGGGCGGCGGCGGCGCGGCUCAGCCGGGUCCCGACAUGGAGCAGCCGCAACAUGGAGGCGGCGGCGGCGGCAAGGACAGUGUCGUGGGCAGCCAGGCCGAAGCCCCGGGCCAGCCUCUGCUGAGCAAGCCGGGCGACGAGGACGACGCACCGCCCAAGAUGGGGGAGCCGGCGGGCGGCCGCUACGAGCACCCGGGCCUGGGCGCCCUGGGCGCGCAGCCGCCGCCGCCGAGCGCCGUGUCCGGGGGCGCCGUGCCCGGGGGCGCCGUGUCCGGCGGCGCCGUGCCCGGGGGCGCCGGCGGCGGCGGCCCGGCGGCCGUCCCGGAGUUUAAUAAUUACUACGGCAGCGCUGCCCCUGCCAGCGGCGGCCCCGGCGGCCGCGCUGGGCCUUGCUUUGAUCAACAUGGCGGACAACAAAGCCCCGGGAUGGGCAUGAUGCGCUCUGCCUCAGCCGCCGCCGGGGCCCCCAGCAGCAUGGAGCCCCUGCAGAACUCGCACGAAGGGUACCCUAACAGCCAGUACAACCAUUAUCCGGGCUACAGCCGGCCCAGCGCGGGAGGCGGCGGCGGCGGCGGCGGAGGAGGAGGAGGCAGCGGAGGAGGAGGAGGAGGAGGAGGAGGAGCGGGAGCUGUGGCGGCGGCGGCCGCGGCGGCGGCGGCAGCAGCAGCAGGAGGCGGCGGCAGCGGCGGCGGCUAUGGGGGCUCGGCCGCGGGGUACGGGGCGCUGAGCUCCCCCCGGCAGCAGGGCGGCGGCAUGAUGAUGGGCCCCGGGGGCGGCGGGGCCGCGAGCCUCAGCAAGGCGGCCGCCGGCGCGGCGGCGGGGGGCUUCCAGCGCUUCGCCGGGCAGAACCAGCACCCGUCGGGGGCCACCCCGACCCUUAACCAGCUGCUCACCUCGCCCAGCCCCAUGAUGAGGAGCUACGGCGGCAGCUACCCCGACUACAGCAGCCCCAGCGCGCCGCCGCCGCCGCCGCCGCCGUCGCAGCCCCAGUCCCAGGCGGCGGCGGCGGCGGGGGCGGCGGCGGCGGGAGGCCAGCAGGCGGCCGCGGGCAUGGGCUUGGGCAAGGACCUGGGCGCCCAGUACGCCGCCGCCAGCCCGGCCUGGGCGGCCGCGCAACAAAGGAGCCACCCGGCGAUGAGCCCCGGCCACCCCGGACAGCCCAUGGGCCGACCCCAGGGCAGUCCGAUGGAUCCAAUGGUGAUGAAGAGGCCGCAGUUGUAUGGGAUGGGCAGUAACCCUCACUCACAGCCCCAGCAGAGCAGCCCCUAUCCUGGGGGGUCCUACGGCCCUCCCGGCCCCCAGCGGUAUCCGAUAAGCAUCCAGGGUCGUACCCCAGGGGCUAUGGCAGGAAUGCAGUACCCUCAGCAGCAGAUGCCACCUCAGUAUGGACAGCAAGGUGUCAGUGGUUACUGCCAACAAGGCCAACAGCCAUAUUACAACCAGCAGCCGCAGCCUCCGCACCUCCCACCGCAGGCCCAGUAUCUGCCGUCCCAGUCCCAGCAGAGGUACCAGCCGCAGCAGGACAUGUCUCAGGAAGGCUAUGGAACUAGGUCUCAACCUCCUCUGGCUCCCGGAAAACCUAACCAUGAAGACUUGAACUUAAUACAACAAGAAAGACCAUCAAGCUUACCAGUUGAAGUCUUGGCCUCGGAGGAUGCAGCCUUUGGACUCAAGGACCUGUCUGGCUCCAUUGAUGACCUCCCUACAGGAACCGAAGCAACCUUGAGCUCGGCAGUUAGUGCCUCCGGGUCCACGAGCAGCCAGGGGGAUCAGAGCAACCCAGCGCAGUCACCCUUCUCCCCGCACGCAUCCCCGCACCUCUCCAGCAUCCCCGGGGGCCCAUCACCUUCUCCCGUCGGCUCUCCUGUCGGGAGCAACCAGUCAAGGUCUGGCCCAAUCUCUCCUGCGAGUAUUCCAGGCAGUCAGAUGCCGCCGCAGCCUCCCGGCAGCCAGUCAGAAUCCAGCGUCCACCCUGCCAUGAGCCAGUCUCCAAUGCCGCAGGAAAGAGGUUUUAUGGCAGGCUCACAAAGAAACCCUCAGAUGUCCCAGUAUGGACCUCAGCAGACAGGACCAUCCAUGUCGCCGCACCCAUCUCCUGGGGGCCAGAUGCAUCCUGGAAUCAGUAGCUUUCAGCAGAGCAACUCAAGUGGGACUUACGGUCCGCAGAUGAGCCAGUAUGGACCACAAGGUAACUACUCCAGACCCCCCACAUAUAGUGGGGUACCCAGUGCAAGCUACAGCGGCCCAGGGCCCGGCAUGGGCAUCAAUGCCAACAGCCAGAUGCAUGGACAAGGGCCCAGCCAGCCAUGUGGUGCUAUGCCGCUGGGACGGAUGCCAUCGGCCGGGAUGCAGAGCAGACCGUUUCCUGGAAACAUGAGCAGCAUGACCCCCAGCUCUCCCGGCAUGCCACAGCAGGGAGGGCCAGGAAUGGGGCCGCCCAUGCCCACUGUGAACCGUAAGGCACAGGAGGCAGCCGCGGCAGUGAUGCAGGCCGCUGCAAACUCAGCACAAAGCAGGCAAGGCAGUUUUCCCAGCAUGAAUCAGAGUGGACUGAUGGCUUCCAGUUCUCCCUACAACCAGCCAAUGAACAACAGCUCGGGACUGAUGAACACCCAGGCCCCGCCCUACAGCAUGGCACCCAACAUGGUGAACAGUUCCACAGCAUCUAUGGGUCUUGCAGAUAUGAUGUCUCCUGGUGAGUCCAAAUUGCCCCUCAAAACCGACGGCAAAGAAGAAGGUCCCCCGCAGCCCGAGAGCAAGUCAAAGGAUAGCUACAGCUCUCAGGGUAUUUCUCAGCCCCCAACCCCAGGCAACCUGCCAGUCCCUUCCCCAAUGUCCCCCAGCUCUGCUAGCAUCUCCUCAUUUCAUGGAGAUGAAAGUGAUAGCAUUAGCAGUCCAGGCUGGCCAAAGACUCCAUCAAGCCCUAAGUCCAGCUCAUCUACCACCACUGGGGAGAAGAUCACAAAGCUGUAUGAGCUGGGGAAUGAGCCAGAGAGAAAGCUGUGGGUGGACCGAUACCUCACCUUCAUGGAAGAGAGAGGCUCCCCUGUGUCCAGUCUGCCUGCAGUGGGCAAGAAGCCUUUGGAUUUGUUCCGGCUCUACGUAUGCGUCAAAGAGAUCGGAGGCUUGGCGCAGGUUAAUAAAAACAAGAAGUGGCGCGAGCUGGCAACCAACCUCAAUGUUGGCACCUCGAGCAGUGCAGCCAGCUCGCUGAAGAAGCAGUACAUCCAGUACCUGUUUGCCUUCGAGUGCAAGAUCGAGAGAGGCGAGGAGCCCCCUCCCGAAGUCUUCAGCACGGGGGACACCAAAAAGCAGCCCAAGCUCCAGCCGCCCUCUCCUGAUUUUUCCAUCACCCUGAACAGAAGCUCAGUGCCCCUAAGCAGUGACACCCCACUUCUUUUCUGUCCUGCCCCUGCUAACUCAGGAUCCUUGCAAGGUCCACAGACCCCGCAAUCAACUGGCAGCAACUCGAUGGCUGAGGUUCCAGGUGAUCUGAAGCCACCGACGCCAGCCUCCACCCCCCACGGACAGAUGACCCCGAUGCAAGGUGGAAGAAGCAGUACAAUCAGUGUGCACGACCCCUUCUCAGACGUGAGCGACUCGUCGUUCCCAAAACGGAACUCCAUGACUCCGAACGCUCCAUACCAACAGGGCAUGAGCAUGCCAGACAUGAUGGGCAGGGUGCCCUAUGAGCCCAACAAGGACCCCUUUGGUGGAAUGAGAAAAGUGCCUGGGAGUAGUGAGCCCUUCAUGACGCAAGGACAGAUGCCCAACAGCGGCAUGCAGGACAUGUAUAACCAGAGUCCUUCUGGAGCCAUGUCCAACCUGGGCAUGGGCCAGCGGCAACAGUUUCCCUACGGAGCCAGUUACGACCGGAGGCAUGAACCUUACGGGCAGCAGUAUCCAGGCCAAGGCCCUCCCUCAGGACAACCCCCAUAUGGAGGCCACCAGCCUGGACUGUAUCCACAGCAGCCGAAUUACAAACGCCACAUGGACGGCAUGUACGGGCCGCCGGCGAAGCGCCACGAGGGCGACGUCUACAACAUGCAGUAUGGCGGCCAGCAGCAGGAGAUGUACAGCCAGUACGGCAGCUCCUACUCGGGGCCCGAGCGGAGGCCCCUGCAGGGCCAGUACCCGUACCCCUACAACCGGGAGCGGCUGCAGGGCCCCGGGCAGCUGCAGCCGCACGGCCUCCCGCCGCAGAUGAUGGGCGGCCCCCUGCAGGCGGCGUCGGGCGACGGGCCCCAGCAGAACAUGUGGGCGGCGCGCAACGAUAUGCCUUAUCCCUACCAGAACCGCCAGGGCCCCGGCGGCCCCGCGCAGGCGCCUCCCUACCCCGGCGUCAGCCGCACGGAGGAGAUGAUGGUACCGGAGCAGAGGAUCAAUCACGAGAGCCAGUGGCCUUCCCACGUCAGCCAGCGUCAGCCUUACAUGCCGUCUUCAGCCUCCAUGCAGCCCAUCACGCGACCGCCUCAGUCGUCCUACCAGACGCCCCCGUCACUGCCAAACCACAUCUCCAGGGCGCCCAGCCCGGCGUCCUUCCCGCGCUCCCUCGAGAACCGCAUGUCACCGAGCAAGUCUCCCUUCCUGCCCUCGAUGAAGAUGCAGAAGGUCAUGCCCUCGGUCCCCCCCUCACAGGUCACGGGGCCACCGCCCCAGCCGCCCCCCAUCCGAAGGGAGAUCACUUUUCCUCCUGGUUCGGUAGAAGCAUCACAGCCAGUCUUGAAACAAAGGCGAAAGAUUACCUCAAAAGACAUUGUAACUCCUGAGGCAUGGCGUGUGAUGAUGUCCCUUAAAUCAGGUCUCUUGGCUGAAAGUACUUGGGCUUUGGACACUAUUAAUAUUCUCCUCUAUGACGACAGCACUGUUGCCACCUUCAAUCUCUCUCAGCUGUCUGGAUUUCUCGAGCUUUUGGUAGAGUACUUUAGAAAAUGCCUCAUCGACAUCUUUGGAAUUCUCAUGGAAUAUGAAGUGGGAGACCCCAGCCAAAAAGCCCUUGAUCACGCUGCAGUGAGGAGGGAUGAGAGCCAGGCCUUGGCCGAUGAUCCUGGGAGAGAGGAGGAAGAUGCUGAAUGUCUCGAUGACGAGGACGACGAGGAAGAUGAGGAAGAGGAGGACAGCGAGAAGGCAGAAACCGACGACCAGAGCAGCAUGGCUUUCCCCUCUCCCGACGCCACUGCGGCUCCAAAGGAGAAGCCCAAGCAAGCGAGCAGGUUUGACAAGCUGCCCAUAAAGCUGGUCAAGAAGAACAGCCUGUUUGUGGUGGACCGCUCCGACAGGCUGGGCCGCGUGCAGGAGUUCAGCAGUGGUCUCCUGCACUGGCAGCUGGGCGGCGGGGACACCACCGAGCACAUCCAGACGCACUUCGAGAGCAAGAUGGAGAUUCCGCCCCGCAGGCGUCCACCUCCCCCUCUGAGCUCGGCGGGUAGAAAGAGAGAGCAGGAAGGGAAAGGGGAUGCUGAGGGGCAGCAGGAGAAAAGCAUCGUCGCCACCAUUGAUGACGUGCUGUCAGCCCGUCCAGGGGCACUGCCUGAGGACGCCCACCCCGGGAACCAGGCCGAGAGCAGCAAGUUUCCCUUCGGCAUCCAUCAGGCCAAGAGCCAUCGGAACAUCAGGCUGCUGGAGGACGAGCCCCGGAGCCGUGACGAGACGCCCCUGUGCACCGUCGCGCAUUGGCAGGACUCUCUGGCCAAGCGCUGCAUCUGCGUGUCCAACAUCGUCCGGAGUUUGUCCUUUGUGCCUGGCAACGACGCCGAGAUGUCCAAACAUCCGGGCUUGGUGCUGAUCCUGGGGAAGCUGAUCCUCCUUCACCACGAACACCCUGAGAGGAAGCGAGCCCCGCAGACCUAUGAGAAGGAGGAAGAUGAGGACAAGGGGGUGGCCUGCAGCAAGGAUGAGUGGUGGUGGGACUGCCUCGAGGUGCUGAGGGACAACACACUGGUCACACUGGCCAACAUUUCCGGGCAGCUAGACUUGUCGGCUUACACGGAAAGCAUCUGCUUGCCAAUCUUGGAUGGCUUGCUGCACUGGAUGGUGUGCCCGUCCGCAGAGGCGCAAGACCCCUUUCCGACCGUGGGGCCCAACUCGGUCCUGUCGCCUCAGAGACUUGUGCUGGAGACCCUCUGUAAACUCAGCAUCCAGGACAACAACGUGGACCUCAUCCUGGCCACGCCCCCAUUCAGUCGCCAGGAGAAAUUCUAUGCUACGUUAGUUAGGUACGUUGGGGAUCGCAAGAACCCAGUCUGUCGAGAAAUGUCCAUGGCGCUUCUAUCGAACCUCGCCCAAGGGGACGCGUUAGCAGCCAGGGCGAUAGCUGUGCAGAAGGGAAGCAUUGGAAACUUGAUAAGCUUCCUGGAGGACGGGGUCACGAUGGCCCAGUACCAGCAGAGCCAGCACAGCCUCAUGCACUUGCAGACCCCGCCCCUGGAGCCACCUAGCGUGGACAUGAUGUGCAGGGCAGCCAAGGCGUUGCUGGCCAUGGCCAGAGUGGACGAAAACCGCUCCGAGUUCCUCUUGCACGAGGGUCGGUUGCUGGAUAUCUCGAUAUCAGCGGUCCUGAACUCUCUGGUUGCGUCUGUCGUCUGUGAUGUACUAUUUCAGAUUGGUCAGUUAUGACACAAGUGAGAAGGCACGCAUGUGUGAGUGAAGAUUAGAGGGUCACAUAGAACUGGCUGUUUUCUGUUCUUGUUUAUCCAGUGUAGGAAGAAGGAAAAGAAAAUCUUUGCUCCUCUGCCCCGUUCACUAUUUACCAAUUGGGAAUUAAAGAAAUAAUUAAUUUGAACAGUUACAAAAUUAAUAUUUGCUGUCUGUGUGUAUAAGUACAUUUUUUUUUUUUUUUUAACCAAAGUUGCUGUCUAGUGCAUUCAAAGGUCACUUUUUGUUUUUCAUAGAUUUUCUUUUUUAGUGUUCUUUUCCAUGUUGUAUUGCAUUUUUGGGGGGAAGCAAAUUGACUCUAGAGAAAAAAUAUUGUGGUAACACAUGCUAAGAUGGGAAAAUUUCACCACGCUGAGGCAAAAAGGGUGCAAAAUGAUCAAUUUCCUAUACGUUUUAUUUUUCAGAUCAGGAAAAAAAAAAAAAACCUGUAUCCAAUCACCCAAAGC